UUCCGCCGAAGGUCAAAGGCCAGCUUCAAGACCGACAAGACAAGCUCUGGAAACGACGGCCAUUCACACUCUAGCAGCAACGAUUCGCGCUCCCAAGAUGGCACCACCGCCGAACCCGUCCCUGAGAUGCCCCGAAACAAGUCAUCCUCAACACUAAAUUCCAUCUUUGGAGGAAAAUCUCCGCCGCUUCCUGCUGGUUCUCCUCCGCUUCCUUCUCUCNNCCCUUCCGUCUCGGGCUCCAACACAAACCUCGCUGGCAUGAACGGCAGCAAGACCCCUCCACUCGGCUCCCGGCCACUGCCCUCGAACAACAACAGCAGUCGCUACAGCAUCGCUAUUACUAACGUGCAAUCANNGGGUUCGGUCAAUGGCUCACCAAAGCCCAACCAAUAUACGUCUCCGCUUGCACCUCGUGUUCUGUCGGCUUCCGAGGGCUCCUGGGUACAUCAGAAAGUCCUUCUCAUAUACGGCCAGGUCGGUGACCCAUCGCAACCUUUGGACGGCGAGAUCGUCGUUUGUUCGCACCAGGACUGCUUCCCUCCUAUGACUUGGCCCGUUAGCGACUCGCACUUCAAGGCUCUCGUGUACCUACAGCCCGGCCCCAACCGACUCCGCCUCGACUUUAUUCCUCGGCAGCGUAGACCUUCGCAAGGCCAGCUCAACGGCCAACCCGCUCAUUCAUCCUACUUCCAGAUCAAUUAUCUCCCUAUGAACACCUCACCACCUCUCCACUUGGCUAUCCUGGUUGCNAAAGAUUCACCGAGAACAUACGAUGCCGUCCCUGACCGUAUCAAGUCAGAAGGCAAUGGCAUAGAAACAGCGGUGCGCAAGUUCCGUAUGGCUGCCUAUCUGUGGCAAGCCUUCACAGGUGAGCAAAUGAAUCGUCACGGUUUCGGUCGUCGCUGCUUCCGCUAUGAAGAGGAAUGGCAACAAGGUACCUUGACCGGUCGUGAUCUUGCAACCGGCCAAAUGCGCAACGAGGCCAAGAUUCAUAUCAUCACUCUGAACAAGACUGUCGCCGAGAUCCAAGACCUUAAUAUCGCACAACAGUAUGAGCCCGCGAAACAAAAAGGAGAUCUGUUUUCCAUCGCUAUGGACGCCGUCAAGAAUCAUUUCAACCCUCGACCGGGUCAGAAAGAGUAUGUCUCAUGCAUGUUCUUGGACACACAUUGGGAUUCUAAGGUCGGAACGGUGAGAGGCCAUGCUGCUCUAGGAGGUGGUGACGCACAGAUCAAACUUGCCAUUUUCGGAUCUCAUUCUCUGCAAUCCUACCCCGCCCAUCUCGAAGAAGUCGUACCCGCUUUUACUGACUGUACGAAAACCGACACAAAAUACGUCGCCAAUGAUUGCAACGAAAGUGGGAGCAACUGGGAGGCUGCCAACAUCGGAAUCGGCGCCCAUAUGCACGAAACCGGCCACUUGUUCGGCUGCCCUCACCAAGAAUCUGGCGUCAUGCUCCGUGACUACGUUCGCUUGAAUCGCACUUUCACCACCAGAGAGCCCUACUCAACUCGAACUCAAUCACAGGGUAUGCGUCUUUGUCUCCAACAAGAUGAAUGCGCAUGGCACAGGUUGGACGCCUUGAGAUUCAGACUACAUCCUUGUUUCGCUUUGCCUACUGAUAUGAAUGUUCCCCCAGAAGAUAGCAUUCAAGUAUGGGCUGUUGACAAAGGAUCUGCUCUGGUCACCGCAAGCACGGGAAUAGCCUUUAUUGAAAUCUAUACAGAGGGCGAUGAUCUUUGUCGUCACUGGAUUGAAUACCUGGAUCCUAGCAACGGCUCCUCAUCAGCUGCACCGCGCCAAAUCACUUUGACAGAAGCAGACCUACGAGCCAGAGUAGGAGAGGCUAACAAGAACAAGAAGUUGAAGAUCAAGAUCUUCUCUCUUGGCCAGGGCGAUCACGAGGUUGCUGAUUUUGCUCAGCACGUGAGCAAGGAUUCCAAGUUGAAGCUUCCAGACAGCAGAGUGGGCUUCAGAGGUUCAAAGGUUGGAUUCUCGCAGAUGGAUGGAACUCAACCUCAAGAAGUGCUUUUGCGAUCAUCACACGAGAAGCGCAAGCUCUUGGUCUCGAUCAGAGUUUACCAUGGUUUCGCACUGGAUGGCAUCGAGUUUGUGUAUGAGGACGGAGAGAAUCAACUUUUCGGAAAGAGAGGUGGCAAAGCAGGCGGUGAUGAGUUCCCUAUCAACGCAAGGUUCGGCGAAACGUUGCUGGGCUUCAAUCUGAGAGCUGGUCUCUGGAUUGACGGUAUCCAGAUCCUGACCAGUGGCGGUCGCCGUAGCGAGUGGUACGGCAAUAAAGAUGGUGGUAGCNNGGGUAAGUUGUUGCAUCAAACUAAGGAAAGAGACGUCCUUGCUAACAUUGUCAACAGAUGCAGUCUCAUACCUCCCAGAGGAUACAGCAUUGCCGGCGUUUACGGCACAUGUGGACAGUGGCUUGAUGGUUUUGGUCUGAUCAUCACUCGC